GGCCGGGUUGUUGGUAAACCGGACGGCUCGGAGCGGGAUUGGUCUCCGUGAAAACCAUAUUCGUAUUUCCUCGCACGCCUGCUCGCCACCCAGGCUGCCCAGGAAUUCUAGAAUUUGGCAGACUGUCUAGAAUUCUUUUUUUGGUAGGGAAUAAAGUUUUUAUUAACUCUCCAAGAAAGGAGAGGAGCAUGGUGUGGAGAGAUACACCAGCCGGUCUAAAUUCUUUACGUGGGACUUGGGAUCGUCGGUGUCUCCUCCGGACCACCAGGACUGGUGGCAGGUCAGCCCCUUGAGGUGAUCAGCUGCAGUCCAGGGGCCUAAUGGCAGCAGAGUCGCUGACUGAACUGGAGGCGGCCAUCGAGACAGUGGUCACCACCUUCUUCACCUUUGCAGGGCAAGAGGGCCGGAAGGGCAGCCUCAGCAUCAACGAGUUUAAGGACCUGGCCACUCAGCAGUUGCCUCACCUGCUCAAGGAUGUGGGCUCCUUAGAUGAGAAGAUGAAGAGCUUGGAUGUGAAUCAGGACUCAGAGCUCAAGUUCAAUGAGUACUGGAGGCUGAUUGGGGAGCUGGCCAAGGAAAUCAGGAAGGAGAAGGCCUUGGAGAUCCGGAAGAAGUAAAGCCGGCUGGCCAGGAUGGGGUGGGCAGGGCAGGACCAGGCAGAAUCCCAUUCCCCCCCAAUAAAACCUCCUCCUUAAAACAUGAAUGU